AUGCAAACUAAAUAUAGAGUUCGAGGCCAUACAUGGAGAAGUAUUCAAUGCAAUAAAUCUAUCCCUUAUAACAUAGACUGUACAAGUUGUGGUGAGCUGAUGUUGCCAAUGAUGGGACUAUUCUGUGAAUGCUGUGCUGUGAGUGCCUGUAAAUUAUGUCACAGAAUUGUUGACAGACAAUUUCGAUGUAAACAGAUUACUUCCCCAGAAGGAAAACCAUUUUAUCACCACUGGGUUAAUGUGGGUACUGUACAAAGUGAAAAUGUGGAUCAGAAUGAAGAUUUACUGAAGAGAUAUUAUUGCACUUGGUGUCAAAAGACUAAACUGUUAACUGACACACCGGUGGCUGAUGCAGAGAUAUGCGAUUUUGAAAAAUACAGAAGCAUUAUAAUUCCUCCUGCAUGUGUACAGUUUGAAAAAGGAAUGGUAACAAUAAAACAUCCAGGGGAUAAUGAUUGGGAACCCCUCAUAAUCUUAGCUAAUCCUAAAUCUGGCAGUAAUAGGAGUGAUGAAGUACUUUCCUUGUUUAGAGGUCUACUUAAUCCUAUCCAAGUCGUGGAUAUAAGUUCGACGUCACCUGAGAAAGUGGUGCGAUGGUUGCCCACCAAAUGCCGUGUUUUAGUCGCCGGAGGAGAUGGUACUGUUGCGUGGGUGUUGAAUACACUGCUAUCUUUUCCUCACGUUAAGGCGGCGGUUGCAAUUCUGCCUAUGGGGACAGGCAAUGACUUGUCCCGCGUUCUGGGAUGGGGUACAGGCGGCAAUUCGCAGUUGGAUGCACAUAGUAUUAUCAGUUCUGUGAAACAGGCCCACCUUCAGUGUCUUGACAGAUGGAAGGUGACUAUAACUCCAAAACGCAGACGGCUGGGUCGGUUACGACAGCAGCGUGUGCUAUAUGCAUACAAUUACGCGAGUAUUGGAGUUGACGCACAAGUCGCCCUCGAUUUCCACUACGCCAGAUCACAGUUUUUAUAUCGUUACGCUAGUCGGACGCUUAAUUAUAUAGCAUAUGCCUUCCUGGGCGUUGGUCGUGCGUUAGACGACGGCGGGUGCGGAGGCCUCGAGCGACGCCUCCACGUGUGGCUCGGCGCUGCAGCCGACCCGCUCACCCUGCCGCCCAUGCAAGCGCUCGUCGCUCUCAACAUUCCCUCUUGGGGGGCUGGCGUAGACUUGUGGAGCAUGGGGACUGAAGACGACGUAGCAGAACAAAGUAUAAAUGAUGGCAAACUUGAGGUGGUGGGCAUUUCUUCGUCAUUCCAUAUAGCCAGACUGCAGUGUGGAUUAGCAGAACCUUAUCGUUUCGCUCAGGCUUCAAGUCUAAAGAUUGAAUUAGAAGGAUCCUGUGCAAUGCAAGUAGAUGGUGAACCUUGGAUGCAGGGACCGUCGACUAUACUUAUCGAGCCAGCUGGACAAAGCCUCAUGCUCCGCGCAAAAAUUAAAAUAACCGAAUGA